AUGGCAUCCACACUUGCUCAGUCACAACUCUCAAAGUCUCUCAGUGUCAAUGCUCCGGGUGUCGUUGCUCCGGGUCCAAACACCAUCCCUACCACCAUGUCGAACCCUCCACCGCAACAACCAUUCCCCGACUACGCUCUCGGCUAUGACCCAACCGCGGAUGUGAAAUCAAUUACUCAGGCGGUCCCGCCCCGGCCGCCGAACGGCCAGCAUUCGGCUCAUCCAUUCCACAUGCUCUCAGAGACCAAUCUGCAUCCAAUACUAUUUCAAUUGCAACCUUACCCGAGCACAUUGAACGGUGUCGUGGUUCCUCUGCUUGUAAACCAAGCAACCAAUCAGAUCGAACUAGACAAUAAAGGAAGACAUCUGAGGUAUUUCAGCCACUUGCCCAGAUGGAUAGCCCACAAUGUAUCUGGGAUGUUUAUGGAGUUGUGGCUUCGUCUCGACCCUCGAGUUGAGGUCAGCGAUAUCAUGGCUCGCGUUCACCUGCCUCCUGGAACAAAGAUGCCACAAGUCAACACGUUCAACAUGCGACGUCUCCGAUUCAGGGAAUAUCUCCAGGCUCCGCCGUUCAGCGCGAGCCGCCAGUAUCCCACUGCGAUGGAAGUCGACCUGAUGGCCAAGAAGACUCGUGAGCAGUUGUUGCUCAACACUUGUAUGACUGUUGACGUUCCGAACAAUCGCCUUCUCAAACCUGUUCUCAACAACGACAAAUCCGUCGCUGGUUUUGUCGACAGCGGACUCCCAAUUGAUUACUUCUUGGGCGGAUAUGCUAUGCCCGUACCUAUCCCGUCCGACCACCAGAUGGUCGUCCUCGAACUCCGCAAGCGCAUGCAGACUUUGGCGCUCCGGCGCGGGCUCGGCAAUGGUCCAGAAGACUAUCGCCAGGUUCCCACAGCUCUGGAUCCUGCCUGGUGGCUUAAAGGCCAGGCGAGAGAUGUAAUCAUCUCGGACGUCGACAACAAGACCCACGACCAAUGGAUCGCAGAGAUGCUGGAGCAAUACCCGGGGGUGACAAGACCUGUUGGCCAUUUGAGCGUCCCUACGCUCCAAGUCCAACCUCAACCCCCUCUGUCGCAGCCCGGUGUCAACGCGCCCCAGCCUGCAACAGCUGGAGUGGCCCAACCUGCCCCAACGGCACCCAUGUCGCCGGUGGACCCGCGUUUCGCAGGCAAUGGGGCAGCUGCAUUAGCGGCGGCGCCCGUUUCUCCGCAAUCUUUCACCAACGCCGAGGGAUGCACCUCGUACUAUGUGGAGGAUGUCCAUCGAGCUGAAUAUGAGGCGGCGGAGGCUGCCCGCUCUCAACUUGAAUGA